AUGUCCGCCGCUCAAUCCCGCCUUUCGCAGGUCGCCUCUCACAUGAACGCCACCGGUAAGGCAGCUUUGUUAGAAAAGCGGCCCGACGACGUUGUUGUAACCACGGCUCUACGUACGCCAAUCACAAAGGGUGGCAAGGGUGGCUUCAAAGACACUGCAGGCGCGGACCUCCUCCAUGGCGCCUUCAGGGCGCUCAUUGAGAGGUCAGGCAUCGAUCCGAACUUGGUUGAGGACAUUGCUGUAGGCUGCGUGCUUGCACCAGGCGGCGGUGCUACAGAGUUCCGUGCAGCAGCUCUGGCAGCAGGCUUUCCGGACAGCACGGCAGUCAAGUCAUUGAACCGACAAUGCUCGUCCGGCCUGCAAGCAUGCGCAGACAUCGCCAAUGCCAUCCGCAGCGGCAUGAUUGAGAUCGGCAUUGGUGCAGGUGUCGAAAGUAUGUCGACUCAAUACGGCCCUCAGGCGGUUACCGAGUUCAGCGAGCUGCUUGAGAACCACAAAGCUGCCGCCGAGUGCAAGGUUCCGAUGGGUAAGUUGAGCGAACAGAUGGCCAAAGAUCGCCACAUCAGCAGAGAAUCUCAGGACCAAUUCGCAGUGGACAGCUACAGGAAAGCUGGGGUCGCACAAAAGCAAGGGCUGUUUAAUGAAGAGAUUGUGCCGCUGAAGGUCAGGUGGACAGACCCGAAGACGGACGAGGAGAAGGAGGUUACCGUGUCGGUAGAUGAUGGGGUCCGCGAGGUUACCAUGCAGUCCAUCACCAAGAUUAAGCCUGCAUUCGCCAAAGAUGGUACCAUCCACGCCGGCAACGCCUCGCAGAUCUCGGACGGUGCAGCAGCCGUACUGUUGAUGAAGCGCAGCACAGCAGAGCGCCUGGGUCAGAAGAUAUUGGGCAAGUACGUUGCAGCGUCAAUUGUCGGUGUGCCUCCGCUUCUCAUGGGAAUCGGUCCGUGGAAGGCCAUCCCUGUGGCGCUGGAGAAAGCAGGCAUCUCGAAGGAUGAUGUAGACAUCUUCGAAAUCAACGAGGCCUUUGCUUCGCAGUGUCUUUGGUGCGCCAACGAGCUCGGGCUGCCGUUGGAGAAGAUCAACCCCAAAGGUGGCGCCAUUGCGUUUGGACACCCCCUCGGUUGUACUGGUGCAAGACAAGUAAGCACUCUGUUGUACGAACUACGGCGGACAAGUAAGAAAAUCGGAGUUACUUCCAUGUGCGUGGGUACUGGCAUGGGAAUGGCAGCUGUCUGGGUCAGCGAGUAG